GUGAAGGCAGCACAGGCUUGAGGGUGGUCCCAGGGUGAGAAGGUGCGAGGGAAGGGACCUCAGAGUGAGGCCAGGUCAAGGGCGCUAGGUCCAGGCAGGAGGCACCCCUCCCAUGGGGGAAUCCCCUUCUAGGGGGUUGCUGGAACCAUGCUGUCCCGUAAGGGCAUCAUCCCCGAGGAGUAUGUGCUGACUCGGCUUGUGGAAGACCCUGCAGAGCCGCGAUACCGUGCCCGUGAGCGGCGGGCCCGCUUCGUGUCCAAGAAGGGCAACUGCAACGUGGCCCACAAGAACAUCCGGGAGCAGGGCCGCUUCCUGCAGGACGUGUUCACCACGCUUGUGGACCUCAAGUGGCCGCACACGUUGCUCAUUUUCACCAUGUCUUUCCUGUGCAGCUGGCUGCUCUUUGCCAUGGCCUGGUGGCUCAUCGCCUUUGCCCACGGUGACCUUGCCCCUGGCGAGGGUGGCCCUGUGCCCUGUGUCACCAGCAUCCACUCCUUCUCAUCCGCCUUUCUUUUCUCCAUCGAGGUCCAGGUGACCAUUGGUUUUGGUGGGCGCAUGGUGACUGAGGAGUGCCCACUAGCCAUUCUGAUCCUCAUUGUGCAGAACAUUGUGGGACUCAUGAUCAAUGCCAUCAUGCUGGGCUGCAUCUUCAUGAAGACUUCCCAGGCCCAUCGGCGGGCCGAGACCCUCAUCUUCAGCAAGCAUGCGGUCAUCGCCGUGCGCAAUGGCCGCCUCUGUUUCAUGCUGCGUGUAGGGGACCUCCGCAAGAGCAUGAUCAUCAGCGCUACCAUUCACAUGCAGGUGGUACGCAAGACCACCAGCCCUGAGGGUGAAGUGGUACCCCUCCACCAGGUGGACAUCCCCAUGGAGAAUGGUGUGGGGGGCAACAGCAUCUUCUUGGUGGCCCCCCUCAUCAUCUACCAUGUUAUUGAUGUCAACAGCCCACUUUAUGACCUGGCACCCAGUGACCUGCACCACCAUCAGGACCUCGAAAUCAUUGUCAUCCUGGAAGGUGUGGUGGAAACCACAGGCAUCACCACCCAGGCCCGUACAUCCUACCUUGCUGAUGAGAUCCUAUGGGGCCAGCGCUUCGUGCCCAUUGUAACCGAGGAGGACGGCAGCUACUCUGUGGACUACUCCAAGUUUGGCAACACUGUCACAGUGCCUACUCCACUUUGCACAGCCCGUCAGCUUGAUGAGGACCGCAGCCUGCUGGACUCCCUGAACCUUGCCUCAGCCCGUGGGCCUCUGCGCAAGCGCAGUGUGGCCAUAGCCAAGGCCAAACCCAAGUUUAGCAUCUCUCCAGAUGCCUUGUCCUAA